AUGUGUUUCGGAUUUCUAAGCUCUUAUACGGAAUGGGUUUUACAUGGAGAGGAUGUCGAUACUACUGGAAAAGCAACAGAAAUCCUUCAUGCCCCUGAUGACUCUAAUUCAACGGCAAAUCUUUUGGAUGAUCUCUUUCCUAGAAUCAACAUGAAUACAGAUGUUGGAUCUAGUUCUUCUGACCAACCAAUCGGUGCUGAUAACCCAUCAAGUACCAACGAUGAAACUAGUUUUGAUGAGUUGCUUGCUGAUUUUAACCAAAACCUCUACCCUGGCUGCACAGAGCUUACAACGUUAACAUUCGUGCUGAAGUUGUAUCAUAUUAAGUGUAUGUGCGGGAUCAGCGAUAAGGGAAUUUCUAUGGUGCUUGAAUUGCUUAAAGAAGCCUUUCCGAAAGCGAAAUUUCCCAAUUCAUUCGGUGACAUGAAAAAAGUUAUUCGCAAGCUCGGGCUGACAUAUGAAUCAAUCGAUGCAUGUCCAAAUGAUUGUAUGCUAUAUUGGGAAGCAAAUGCAAAUAGAGAAACAUGUGGAAUUUGUGAAGCAUCUAGAUGGAAAGGUGGUAGUUCUACAGCUAGCGGCGAGGCAUCUCAGUCAACAAAGAAAGUGAAACAAAUUCCUGCAAAGGUUUUACGUUACUUUCCUUUAAAACCCCGUCUACAACGACUAUUUAUGUCGUCAAAAACAGCUUCUGAUAUGAGAUGGCAUGCAACUGCUCCUGACGGUGAUGGAAAGCUUAGACAUCCUCGAGACGGUGGAGCUUGGAAGGCUUUUGAUUUACAGUUUCCCGAAUUCGCAUCGGAUCCAAGAAACGUUCGUCUUGGCUUGGCCACUGAUGGUUUUAACCCAUUUGGUAGAUUAAGUACAAAUUAUAGUAUAUGGCCGGUGAUCCUAUUUCCAUAUAACCUUCCUCCAUGGAUAUCAAUGAAGCAAACAUCGAUGAUCCUUUCUAUGGUUAUUCCUGGAAAAAAAAUGCCUGGAAAUGAUAUUGAUGUGUUCUUGCAGCCCCUUAUCAAAGAACUAAAGGAGUUAUGGUUUGAUGGAAUUCAAACUCGAGAUGCUUCAACAAAUCACACAUUUAGCAUGAGAGCAGCUCUUAUGUGGACAAUAAGUGAUUUUCCGGGUUUCGGAAAUUUAUCCGGUUGGAAUACUUAUACAGCAUUGGCAUGUCCAAGCUGCAACUAUGAUGCCGUUGGUCGACGUUUACGCUAUGGAAAAAAAAACUGUUUUAUGGGUCAUCGUCGGUACCUUCCCAUUAAUCAUAAGUAUCGACAAAAUAAAGCUACUUUUGAUGGAACCGUAGAACUUAGAAAUCCACCGGUUACACCAACAGGUUCUACAAUUAAAGAUCAACAAGGAAGAGUUAAUAUUACUCUUGGAAAGAGACGUGAAUUGGUUGGUAAAAAGAGAGACCGGAGUGGUAUGGAAAAGUGUGAUGAUCAACAGUGGAAAAAGAAGAGUAUAUUUUUUGACUUGCCGUAUUGGGAAUCCAUGGUCCUGCGACAUAAUUUAGACGUUAUGCAUAUAGAAAAAAAUGUGUUUGACAAUAUUGUUUACACAUUGUUAGACGACAAGGGGAAGUCAAAAGAUAACUUAAGUGCUAGAAAAGAUCUCCAUGAGCUUGGUAUUCGCUCUGAGUUGUGGCCUGAUAAUAAUGAUAAAUAUGCACCAGCAAGUUUCACUUUGGAUCGUAGUGGGAAAGACAUUUUCUUAGGUGUCUUAAAAAAUGUAAAGCUGCCGGACGGAUAUGCAUCUAAUAUAUCUAGCUGUGUUGAUGUAAAGAAUCACAAGCUAUCUGGUCUAAAAAGUCAUGACUCUCAUAUUAUAAUGAAAGAUUUAUUGCCAAUAGCAAUUCGGAAUCUGCUCCCACAGGAUGUAGCGUCUGUCAUUAUUGAGUUAUCUCGAUUUUUCCGAAGUAUAUCAGCAAGGGUCCUUGAUCCAGAUGAAUUAGAUAAACUACAAGAGCAUAUUAUAAUGACUUUAUGCCAUAUGGAAAUGGUAUUCCCUCCCUCGUUUUUCACGGUAAUGGUACAUCUAACUGUGCAUCUCGUCGAAGAAGCAAAACAAGGUGGACCAGUGGCUUUUCGCUGGAUGUAUCCAAUUGAAAGAACUCUUGGACAUUUCAAAUCCUAUGUUCGUAAUCGUGCCAAACCUGAAGGAUCUAUAUGCGAACAAUAUUUGGCUGAUGAAUGUGUUACGUUUUGCUCAAUGUAUCUCAAUGAUAUAGAGACAAGAUUCAACAGAGUUGGAAGAGUUGAUGAUCGGCCUUCAUUAGUGCAAAAUCAUACAUCAAACUCGGAGAUUCAAUCAAGUUUCCCAAAUGUAGGCCGAUUUGUCGGAGCUGGUCAGGUUUAUACGCUUAGUUAUGUCGAGAGACAACAGGCGCAUCGGCGAUACAAAAAAGAGCUUAGCAAGAAAAAGAUUCGUCAAAGCAAGCGGAAUCACGUCUUAGAUGUUGACAGAGAAGUGCAUCUUAAUUUUGGGAAAUGGCUUAAAGAUAGGGUAGAAAAAAAUGAUGUUGAAGGUGUGUCUGACGAUAUUAGAUGCUUAGCUUUGGGCCCGUCUGAAAAAGUAGUGAAAUAUUCAUCAUAUAAUAUCAAUGGCUAUAAGUUUAGAGCAUCAGGAAGAGAUGAUGGCCUGAAAACACAAAACAGUGGUGUUUAUGUGAAUGCUAAUACGGUGAGUUAUGCGAGCUCGCGUGAUCAAAAUCCUAAAGCAGGAGAUAUAGCUUAUUAUGGGAAGUUAGUAGAAGUUAUCGAACUAAACUUCUAUGAGACUUUUAGAGUUGUGCUUUUCAAGUGUAAAUGGGCUGAUACUCGCAGUAGUCGAGGCUACAAACAUGAUGUUUAUGGUCAUAACAUGGUGAACUUUGAUCGUUUGUUACACACGGGGGAUGAAGAAGAAGACGAACCAUAUGUCUUGGCCUCUCAAGCAAAAAUGGUGUAUUAUGUAGAAGAUCCAUGUGAGCAAGGAUGGAAUAUUGCUGUGCAUGUCCAACCUAGAGAUUUAUAUGACAUGGGGGAUAGUAGCCUAUCAUAA